CGGUUGAAGCGCAUCACUGGGGAGAUAUCUGGGCUGGCUACCGGGCUGCCGCUGGACUGGGAGGCGGCGGCCUUCGUCGCGGUGGACGAUAACCGGGUGGACGUCAUCAGGGCCCUUGUGUUCCCCGCCUCGGACACGCCGUACGCCAACGGGGCGUUCAUCUUCGACAUAUACUUGCCCCCGGAGUACCCGAACUUGCCGCCCAAGGUCCAAUUCCUGACCACGGGUGGCGGCCGUGUUCGCUUCAAUCCCAACCUGUACGAGGGGGGC